UCGGGAUUGAUUCGGAUUUAUUCGGGAUUCAAGUUUCAAGCAGUCUCAAGCUUCGAGUAUUCGAGCUGAUUCGAGCACGUGAACUGCCGACUGAAACAAGAGCGAAUGGAUCGAGAGUGACUAAAAGAGAUUGACGAUCGUGUUGCCAUUCACGUUGUUCACAACUGACAUUUAAAUCAACCCGUUUCACAAUGAUACAUACAGAAGGAGUCACGAUGAAGCAUCCACAUUUCCGAUUAAAGAUCGACUUGUCCAAGUUUUUUCACGAUGCGCGCCAAUUUUGCUGGAUUUUUAUCGACGGAAUAAAGAUCCAGCAGAUUUUUCACAUCCAACAACACAUUAGUAAACUCUUCAGCAUCACAGAACCGUUCCAUUUAUUAUUAAAUACCGAAUACUUGCCGCCAACAGAGGAUGUGCGUAUACUUAAGGAGAAUGAAACGAUACAAGUAGUUCCUGGAUCAGGUAUCAAAAAUGAAGUUGAUAAAGCAGAAACAUGCAAUGGCUCUAUGCAUGAUAAACAAGUUCAUACAAUAGAUAUGAAAACAAGAGUAACUGCGUCUGAUGCUCUGAAUGUAUCUAAUAAUACCUUGAAUGAUACGCAACCAACCUCAAUAAAUAAUACUGCAGGAAAUAUGACAUUCUAUAGUGUAAUCGAUGAUACAGCGAUUGACGAUACAGAAGAAGAUACAGAUUCUAAAAUUACAGAUAACAAUUUAACAGAGGACUGUAAUGUGACAGAUUCUGUUAUAUCUAUUCCAAAAAGGAAGCGAGUUCGACGACGAAGACCAAAAAAUCAAUCUAAAACUGAAUUUACAUUAUCUUUUAAUAUGAAUGAAGAAAACAAACCAAAGAAACCAAAAAUUAUAGAUUCUUAUAUUAUUCCAUCUGGAAAGCAUAUACGAUUUGAUAAUGUAGAAAAAGAAGAGAAUAAUAUUGCGAAACAAAUAGUACAAGAAAUAUCCAGAAAUGAAUCUUGUAUUAGCAAAACUUCAUCUCCCCAAGAUUUGUGUACUCUUUUAGCAUUAGGACAAAGCUCAACGCCAAUUACAUUUGUACACAAGAAAGUAAAAAACGAAGUUAAGGUGGAAAAUGAACUAAAUGAUGGGAUAAAAAACAAAAAUUUGAAUAAAAAUGAGAACAAUAUUAGCAUAGAAAAAAAUUUAAAUAAUAAAGAGAAAACACAAUGUUAUGAAAACUGGAUACAUAGCGAUCCAGAAAUAAUUCCAAUUAUGACUAGAAAACCGCAAGUUAAAGACAUUAUUGCCUUCAAGACUUUGAAGAUGGGCGCUGAUUAUACACCUCAAUUAUCUAAUUUUAUUGUAACUGAGGUAGUAGAUUUUUGUGCACACUCUGCAAAUUAUUAUUUGAAAAUAAUCAAGGGCAAAGAGGAAGUUCAAGUGCCAUUUGGGAAGUUUUCUCUUUCAGAAGACACAUCCGAUAGUCCCUGUGACACAGAUACGUUUUUACUUAAAUCUUCACAAAUAUGUGAACCUCGUUUACUCGCCCCAUUUUCUUCCGUUUUAUAAACAUUUGUUCUUAUAUUUUAAUUUUAUUUUACUUAAGACGCAACUGUAUUUUAUGUUUAGCUUAUUAAUCUAUGAUUUUCUGUUUUUAUUGAACAUUGACCUUGAUUACUACUUGUUGCAAUUUCUCAGAUACUUAAUGUUUUUAACAUUUAAAUAUCUAGAGAAAAAGAUAAAAUUUUUUAUUUUAUGAUUAAUAUUAAAGUUAUAAUAUAAAAUAAUGUUUAAUUAAAUUAUAUAUAUACUACUUUAAUAGAAAAUAGAAUUAGUAUAUAUAUACGUAUAUAAAGUCUUUAUACUUAAA